AUGGAGGCCGCGAUGGCAACGAGCGCGGGGCCGUCGGGGCUUACGGCAGCCGCGGCCGGGGGGCGGGGGGGGGCGGCGGCUGCGGCCUCCGGGACCGACGGCAGCGCCGGCACCAACGCUGCCCCCGCCGGGACCGCCGCCUUCCUCAGCCUCCCGGCGCCCUUCAGCGAGGAAGAUGAAGCCGACGUGCACAAGUGCGGGCGGUGCCAGGCGGAGUUCAGCUCCCUGGAGGAGUUCGUGCAGCACAAGCUGCAGAAGUGCUGCCAGCGAGCUCCGGAGCCUCUGACGGCCGCGCCCGGGGAGCUCCUCGGUCAGGAGGUACAAAAGGUCGUCCCUGCUGUGGAGGAGGCGAUAACUGUCGCUCAUAUCGUUGUGGAAGCGUCGUCCAUAGCGGAGGAAAUCGGCAACGCGGCUGCCAUCGUAGGCAGUGGGCACAUCAAAGAAGUCAUCGUUGCAGGAGACCAUGUGUUUGAAAACCCCAAUGGGCACCUCGAUGGGGAGGUCAGUGAGGAGCAAGGAAACCCCGAGGAGCAGGAGCAGGAACAGGAGCAGGAGGUGGCCACGGAGCUGAUCAAGGUGAAGCUGCUGGUGAACAAAGAAGGACGUUACGUCUGUGAGCUGUGCCAGAAGACAUUUAAAACAGCCAGCAUCCUCAAAGCUCACAUGAUCACCCACAGCAGCAGGAAGGACUAUGAGUGUAAACUCUGUGGCACUUCCUUCAGGACAAAAGGCUCUCUGAUCCGACACCACCGGCGCCACACUGAUGAAAGACCUUACAGAUGCAAGAAAUGUGGGAAAAGCUUCCGGGAAUCAGGAGCUUUGACUCGGCACCUGAAAUCUCUGACACCUUGCACUGAAAAAAUCUGCUUCAAUAUGAACAAAGAAAUAGUAGUCAAAGAAGAUCUGCCAGCAGGAUCCUCUGGUUCCAACACAGACACUGUGGCAGUGUCCAGUGAAGCCAUGGAGCCCUCCCCUGUCAUCCAUCUGGUGACAGAUGCAAAAGGCAAUGUCAUCCGGGAGGUCCAUGUCCAGAUGCAGGAGCUUCCUGUGGUAGAUGCAAAACCCCUGGACCAAGAGCAGUCACACCCCGAGGAGCUGCCAUGUGAGGGAGAGGUGAACAGUGAGAACCUGCUGAGACAGGCCAUGAGGAAUUCAGGGAUUGUGAUAGAGAGGGUGGCUGUGGAGGAGCUGCAGAAGCCUGAUGAACCUCCUGUGGCUGCUACAGAGGAACUGGGAAACGACGUGGUGGAAGCAGAAGAGGAGCCGUGUGGGGAACAGUGUGUUGAAGUAGAACAAACAGAAUUGACAGAUGCAGAAAGAACCAACGGGUACAAAAGUUACGUUUGCCCUCAGUGUGAUGAAGCCUUCAGUGAAGCUGCUUCCCUGGAAGCACACAUCAAAGGUCAUUUAGAUUACAAGCCUUUUAAGUGUGAGGAGUGUGGCAAGGAGUUCACAAAGGGCUACCUGCUAAAAAAGCAUCAAGAAGUGCACGUGAACGAGCGGCGUUUCCGCUGUGGGGAGUGUGGGAAGCUCUACAAGACCAUUGCACACGUCAAGGGGCACCAGCGCGUGCACUCGGACGAGCGGCCCUACUCCUGCCCAAAGUGUGGCAAGCGGUACAAGACCAAGAAUGCCCAGCAGGUCCAUUUCCGUACCCACCUGGAGGACAAGCCCUACGUGUGCCAGUUCUGCAGCCGGGGGUUCCGGGAGAAGGGCUCCCUGGUGCGGCACAUCCGGCACCACACCGGGGAGAAGCCCUUCAAGUGCUACAAGUGUGGGCGAGGCUUUGCAGAGCAUGGCACCCUCAACAGGCACCUCAAAACCAAAGGUGGCUGCCUCCUUGCUUUGAAGGAGGUGGAGGAAGCAAUGGUGUCUGAGGAGAGUCAGUCAGCUGACAACUUGGCUGCAACAGUCAUCUCUGAAGAUCCUCACACAGUCCUGGUAGAGUUCUCUUCAGUGGUGGCAGACACUCAGGACUACAUCAUCGAGACUGCUACUGAAGACAUGGAGACAAGUGAAGCUACUGAAAUAAUAGAGGGAACAAGGCAUGAGGUCGACAGCCACAUUAUGAAGGUUGUACAACAAAUAGUCAAUCAAGCAAACUCUGGUCACCAGAUCAUUGUGCAGAAUGUCACCGUGGCAGAAAACUCUGAAGUGAGCACAGACACUGCAGACACCAUCACCAUUGCCACCCCUGAGAGCCUGACUGAGCAGGUGGCCAUGACACUGGCCUCUGCCAUUGGGGAGGGAGCAGUGCUGGCCACAGAGGGGAGCAUUGAGACAGAGGAAGCCACAGUGACAAUGGUGGCAUCUGAGGACAUUGAAAUCAUGGAACAUGGAGGGGAUUUUGUGAUUGCCACACAGGAGGGGGAGGUGGAAGUCCAGACUGUGAUUGUUUAAUGCCCAGCGUGCAGGUAGGGACAGAUAUUAAACCUUGACUGUUUUCCUCCAGUUUGGGGAAUCUGAUCAGUCCUGAGUUUGCCAUUAGAGUUGUUCAGAGAGCAAGGGAGAGAAUGCUGCUAGGGGGAAGGGGCUGAACAGUAUGGCUCAGCCCUGACGUGGUUUCUGUUUAAAAAGCAAAUUGCAGUAGUUAAAAACCUCUCUGAGGCCCUGCUGUGGAAAUGAGUGAUCCAAAAGGCUCCAUAUUUUGUACAACUGCCUCAAACAAAGGAAAAUCCUUUGCAAAGCAUUUCCCUCUGGCCACAGAGGUGUUGAAAAGGAUUCAGAAAGUGAAGCAAAUAAUUAGGGUCUCGUAAGAGAUGACAAUCGUAUGCAUUUAAAUCAAGAAAACCAAACCUAAGGAGUUGUGGUGUGCAUUCACCACCACUCACAACCUUCUAUGCCUUUAACCUCACUACUUUAGUCCUCCUAAGGCAUGGUACUGCAGUAUUUUUGUUUUCUUUUAUAUCCUGGACAAGUAGCCUUAUGUACUGAUCUCUGACAGAAUGCAUCAUUGUACCCCACAGUGCCAGGCAGGCUGCUCUGAGAGCUGGUCUGUCAGGGGCUAAAGCCAUAUUGUAUAGGAUUUUUUUUUAAAAAAAACAUAUAUGGAUUUUUAAUUACCUAUUGUACAGAUUUGGCAUGUAAAUAAAUACAUUU